AUGGACGGCCACGGCCAAGGUCUCGGCUUGCGGGACAAUGAUGCCCAGAACCCAAACCAAUUUCAGAUGACCUCGUCGGCAGAAUGGCAGCCUGCCCAUUCCUUCGCCCGGAAACCAGUCAACGCGACCCAGCCGGCGCCGGCGCCGACUACGCCGGCACCGAUCGGCGGUGGCGACGGCGGCGGCCAGCAAUACGGGAGAAGCCCGCCAGCACAGUUCGCAACAUCGCCACAACCGACCUUCUCAGAAAGAGUCGCCGCUGCCGGCGCGGCCGCCUAUUUUCCGGCCCCGUCCGCCGAUCACGACCACGACGGCAUCUCAUCACACCCGCGACCCCGGCCGACGCCGCUGCAGAUGCACCCGGUCGACUACUCGAGAUACUCGCCCUCGUACUCAGGCCUCAGCACGCCCUACACCGGUGGCCUCUCGACGGGUGGUCUCUCCACAGGAGGCCUCGCGUCUAGCAACAAGAAGCAAAUGUACGUCCGCGUCGACUCGCAGUCCUCGGCGGCCGGUCUACUCUCGCCGCCGUGGCAGGGCGGCGGCGAUGGCCACCCGCCCCCGCCCCCGCUGCCCCCGGGCGCCGUCCGGCAGCAGUCCAUGUACUACCCCCCGGAGCCCCUCGGCCUCUACAACCGAUACUGGCACCCAUCUUGGAACAUGUACUUCUUUCUCUUCGCCGGCAUCGCCUUCGCGCUCGGCCACCACUUCUUCUACGCGCGGCUCGACGGCACCGUCGCCGACGGCCAGAUCCGUAUGCUGCGCUACGGCGCCGCGCUGUCGUUUCUCAGCAAGGCUAGUCUCGCGUCCGCCGUGAUCCUCGCAUUCCGCCAGCGCGUGUGGAUGACGGUCCGGCGCAAGAUGCUCACCCUCGGCGCCGUCGACUCGCUCUUCGCCGCCGCCGAGGACAUGACAGCCAUCUUCAACGUCGAGGUCUUCCGCCAGGCCCGCGUCGCCAUGAUCCUCGCCAUCUACGUCUGGUGCACGCCCCUCGUUGUCGUCCUCACCUCCGACACCCUCACCGCCCAGCCGGCCACCAUGCGUGAGGACACCAUGUGCCCCUCGAUCCGCACCCUCAACUUCUCCCAGGAGGAGACCAACGACUUCCGCACGACGCCCAAGAUUCUCAACCUCUUUGAGCUCUCCGUUUCCAUGUGGAACAAGACCAGCGACGACCAGUCGGCCGACCACUUCUUCGACUACUGGAUCGGCACGAGCUGGCAGUUCGAAGAGAUCUCCACGUCCGCCGUCCUCGGCAAGAAGCCCAUGGUCAGGACCAACGCGAGCAUCGAUAUCUGCGGCUCAGGCUACAACUGCACCUUCUCCAUCAAGUUCCAGGGCCCCGGCUACAAGUGCGAGGAGCUCGCCAGCGGCGUCGGCGCGACCCCGAAGAAGCUCAACGGCGCCGACGUGCCCUUCAACAUGAGCAUGCUCGCGCCCGUCGGCAACCACACCUACAUCGCCCACGCCACCCUCGGCGAGUAUCAGAACCCGCAGAUGAACGACUCGUGGCCCGGCGGCAUCCCCAAGAUCGACCCUCCCUUCCCGCCGCACCUCGGCGCCCUGCGCACCGAGCCGCCCCUCUUCUUCGGCUACGCCCACGUCGACGAGCCUUCGCUCGACCAGCCCUCCAACAUGUCGGACCCGCGCUGGGCCACGGCCUACACGCCCAAGGUGUUCGGCUGCGAGCACCGCGAGACCGAGUACGAGGUCGACUUCGCCUAUACGGGCCUCGCCCAGAAGACGCGCGUCCGGAGCCGCCGCUUCCUCGACCGCGUCGUCGACACCCGCUACCUCCCCGGCGUCGACGCCCAGGACGGCACCGCUGACAACACCACGGCCACCCCCGAGUCCAACUACAUUCUGCCCAAGGACGUCGCCCGCUACCGCCGCGCCAUGGCCUACCACUCCAUUGGCCUGCAGUUCCGCAGCUUCGUCAACGGCACCAUCUUUCAGCCCAACACCAACGCCAACACAAAGGUCCUCCAGACUCGCAUCCUCGACCAGCACAACUACCUCGUCGUCAAGGACUUCAUGAAGGAGGUCCAGGGCCUCUACGAGGACAUCAUCCUCUCCAUGUUCGCCCAGCCCCGCCUCCUCGCCGUCGUCUGGGCCAACGACACCUCCGUCAAGUCGGGCAACGAAAAGGGCGCCGACAUGCUGUACCCCUGCACCCGCGAGCGCACCGACAUCCGCUACAAAUACCACGCACGCGAUCUCUGGGCCGUCUACUCGGUCGCCAUCCUCCUCGCCAUCAUCGGCGUCGCCUUUGGCCUCGCCGCCGUCCGCGAGGAGGGCCUCGUCCGCAACACGCGCUUCAGCAGCAUCGUCGCCGCCACCCGGGGCCCGGGGCUCGAGAAGCUCCCCUGGGCCACCUCGCCCAACAGCGAUCAUCGCCCCGUCGCCGGCGCCAAGGUCGGCUACGGCCUUGUCCCGAGAGACGCGCACUCUGGCGCCGGCGUCGAGACGUAUGGCUUCGGCAUCGAGGGCGACGUCAAGCAGCCCCAGCGUGAGGAGGCUGGGAGGACGCCAUCAAAGCUGGGCAGCCCAUUUCAAAGGAGCGCCUUCAAUAGGAGGUGGUCAAGAUUGAGCACCCAGCAGAUGUAA